AUGGAAGUGGAAUCUGAAAACGCUGGAUUUGAAAUUGCUCUUCAGCAAAUGCAAACACAAGUGCGUGCGUUGCAAAAGGAAUACACUAAACAUAACAAAAUGAUGUCUGAUCAAAUCAUGGCCAUGAAUCAAGAAAGGAUGGCCGAAAAAAUGAGUAAAAUGGAGAUUGACGAAGAUUAUAUCUAUGAGAGCCCGUUAGACAUCAUCGACUUGAUAUCACAGAAUUAUGGCACAAAAUACAAUUUAUACCUAGACGAAGUCAGAAGAUACAUACCAAAAACAUUUACGGGAAAAAACAACCAAAACUUAAGUGAUUUCAAGGAUGCACUGGUAAUGAUCUUCAAAACAGUUCCACUAGUGUUUCCAACUGAUCGUGAAAAAAUCAACUAUCUUUAUGAUAGAACUGGAGAACAUUAUCAAAACCAAAUUAAAGAGAUUGUGAAAAAACCCGGAAAGAACAGAACCUUCGAAUACGUCUUUGAACAAACCCUUGAAAAUGGAAUAAGUGAUUCUUGGUUAGAAACAUUGCAUGAAUAUUUAGAACAAACACCAAAUUUGGAUCUUGAUUUUCAUGAUUAUGAGAAAUGGCUUAAAAGCUUAGAUCGAGAAACACAUAAUAGGGUUACUAUCUUUUUAAGUCUCAAAAUGAAUCACCGAAGCCUUCUUCUAGAUCAUGGGUAUGAAAAAGGGGAUAUACAUCAAGCAAGGAAACAGACAAAGAGAAAGUUAUGGUAUACACCACUUCCAAAACCAACGAAAUAUACACGCCAACAGUUUUCAACACCGAAACUGAAAACUUGGAAACCUAAUAAGCGCGAACAAACCAAACAUUUUGACGACUCCAAAAAUGAAGCGAAACCAAAGUUAAAUGAAAUACUAGAACCUAAUAUGGACUCUAAGAGAAAUACAACCAUCCAUAUAAAUAAAUUAUAUUCGAGAGAGCGAAGAACCAAGUAUCAAGAUGAUGAAUUUUCUCAAUAUUCUGAUGUGGAAAUCAAAAACCGCAAGGUCAAUGCGUUCAUAGACACAGGCGCAAAUGUGUCAGUAAUGAGAGAGGAUUUAGCCAAACAGUUUGCAAUUAAAUUCAAUAAAGAAUAUCGAAUAUUCGAGAGUAUAACGGAAGACAAACUCGAAGUUAAAGGAAGUUUAACAUUACCAGUAAAACACAACGAUCGAACAAUCCAGUUCUUAUCGGAUGGACGCUUAUAA